ACAAGUCUUCCCGUGCUGUUACUUUGGAACAAGAAUUCUCCAAUACGGCUAUGGAGGAUUUUCCUAAUGCUUCAGCAUAUUGCCAACGUCUGAAAAUGUUGGCCGACCAACUAAAGAAUGUUGGUGCUCCUGUCACUAAUAAUCGCCUUGUUCUUCAAAUGGUUGCGGGACUCACAGAGGCCUACAAUGGUAUUGGUACGUUACUUCGCCAAAGUGAUCCUCUCCCUCAAUUUUAUCAAGCACGUUCUAUGCUUGUUCUUGAAGAAGCCGGAUUGGCCAAAAAGGUAACCUCUGAUUCCUCUGCUAUGGUUGUCUCUCAUACUGAUUCAUCAUCCAAUACCCAACCCCCCCAUACUCGUAUUAAUAAUGGUGGCAAAAACAAAAAUAAAAAUCAUGGAAAAAAUAAAAAUUCCGGUGGCCGGAAUUAUUCUGGGGGGAGUACUGGUGGCCGGCAUAAUCCCGGUGGUGGUGGCCGGAAUUAUUCCGGCAGUGGGGGUCGACCCGGGGGUGGCCAGCCUGGUCAUGCCCAGCAGCAGGCUACUGGACCGCGAGCAGCGCCUGGGUAUUGGGGGGGGGAUGGGCCUAUCCUCCUUGGGCUUAUCCUCCCUGCCCAUUCCCUACCCAAGGCUGGACGAGGCCCACAUGGCAGCCCAGACAGCAGGUUCCGCAGAGUACUGGGCCCGGUGUUCUUGGAUCAGGGCCACGGCAGCAGGCUUUUUCGGCUGAGGUUCCUAAUGUUCCUACUGAUAUUGAAGCGGCCCUGCACACUCUUGGGCUCAAUCCACCGGAUUCGAAUUGGUAUAUGGAUACGGGAGCUACUUCUCAUAUGA